AUGGAGAAUUCUGUGGCCCCCUGCGUCCUUUACCCAGGGGACCGCGGCGUCAGCGGGACGGAGCCUGGGGCUCCGGGAGAGGGCAGCCUGCAGCCGCCGGCCACGAGCGAGGGCGCGGCGUCCCCCACUCAGACACCCUGCAGUCUCCGCGCGUCCCUGUGCUUCAGCUCCGGGGACGACUCUCCGCCGCAGUCUCGCGCUGCCGCCGCGGAGGGCGCGGCGGCUUCCUCGCCCUCGCACCGCAGCGGCCAGCGCGUGGUGGAGACGCAGUGGGAGGUCGGCAGCGCGGGCGCCGCGUCGCCAGAGGAGCUAGUGUCCCCGGAAGAGCCCGUGUCCCUGGAGGAGCGCGCGCGCCCCGAGGAUCCCGUGUCCCCGGAAGAGCCCUCGUCCCGCCAGGAGCGCGCGCGCCCUGCGGAGUCUCUGUCCCUGGUGGAAUCUGAGUCCCAGGAAGAGCUCGGAGAACCCGCGCCUGUGCCCCCCGGGGUCGGGACCGCGCACGGAGAGCCCGACCUGGUUAUCGAGGUGUCCGGCCGGCGGCUGCGGGCGCACAAGACGGUGCUGGCGGCGCGCAGCGACUACUUCCGCGCGCGCGCGUCUCGGGACGUGCUGCGGGUGCAGGGCGUGAGCUUCGCRGCGCUGCAGCUGCUGCUGGCCGACGCGUACAGCGGACGCAUGGCGGGCGUGCGGCCCGACAACGUGGCUGAAGUGGUGGCUGGCGCGCGCCGCCUGCAGCUGCCUGGCGCCGCGCAGCGCGCCACCGACGCCGUAGGGCCGCAGCUGAACUUGGCGAACUGCUACGAAGUGCUGAGCACCGCCAAGCGGCAGCGGCUCUCGGAGCUGCGCGACGCCGUCUACCGCUUCAUGAGCGACCACUACCUGGAAGUGCUGCGCGAGCCCGCUGUGUUCGGGCGCCUGUCGGGCGCCGAGCGCGACUUGCUGCUGCGCCGCCGUCUGCGCGCCGGCCGCGCCCGCCUGCUGGCCGCCGCCCUCGGGCCAGCCGGGGAGCGCUCAGGCAGCCGCCCGCAGAGCCCGUCAGGGGACGCGGACGCGCGCGGCGACGCGGCCGUCUACUGCUACCACGAGGCGGCCGGCGAGUGGCGCGAGCUGACGCGGCUACCCGAGGGCGCGCCGGCGCGCGGCUGCGGCCUGUGCGUGCUCUACAACUACCUCUUCGUGGCCGGCGGCGUGGCGCCCGCGGGCCCUGAUGGUCGCGCGCGCCCGUCCGACCAGGUCUUCUGCUACAACCCGGCCACCAACAGCUGGAGCACCGUGCGGCCGCUGCGUCAGGCGCGCUCGCAGCUGCAGCUGCUGGCGCUGGACGGCCACCUGUACGCCGUGGGCGGCGAGUGCCUGCUCAGCGUGGAGCGCUACGACCCGCGUGCCGACCGCUGGACCGCGGUGGCCCCGCUGCCCCGGGGCGCCUUCGCCGUGGCGCAUGAGGCCACCACCUGCAAUGGCGAGAUCUACGUGUCGGGGGGCUCCCUCUUCUACCGCUUGCUCAAGUACGACCCUCGCCGCGACGAGUGGCAGGAGUGCCCGUGCAGCAGCAGCCGCGAGCGCUCAGCCGACAUGGUGGCCCUGAAUGGCUUCAUCUACCGCUUUGACCUAUGCGGGGCUCGAGGUGAAGCUCAGGCGGCGGCCGUUCCGGGCGGCGGGGUCAGUGUCUUCCGCUACCACUGUCUAGCCAAGCAAUGGAGCCAGUGCGCCGCGCACCUGCGGCCUCCGGGCGCCCCAGCCGGCCUGCAGCCCUUCCGAUGCGCCGCCCUGGACGGCACAAUCUACUGCGUGAGCCGAGCGGGCACCUGGCGCUUCGUGCCCUCGCAGGAUGGUGAGCCCGGCGGCGACGCAGGCGCCGGCGGCAGCUUCGAGCCAGAGCCACUGGGAGCCCCCCUGGACAUCCGGGGCACACUCUUCCCAUUUGUGCUCAACCUGCCUGAGAAGCCGGACCGGGGGGAGCAGGGCGCGGCCUAGGGCAGGCCGGGAUCACUGGGCAUCUCCCUUGGGCAGCUGUGGGACCAAAGGGGUGGCCCCGAGGGCUGCAGUUCCCAGUGGGUAGGGGGCAGAGGAGAGGAGGAAGAGAGAGGUGGGGUGGGUUGCUGCUCACUGCACCAUGUAUCCGCUUUGAGGGUAGAAGCUUUGGGGCCCUGGGGCGUUUUUCCGGUGCCAUUCUCAGCGCUUCUCAGUUAUGGAUUCUUUUUUGCUUCAUUUUGCUUAGUGGGUGGAUGGCAUAAGAUGUAAGACGUGCRCAAAUGGCUUUAGGAUGAGAUGCAGGAUACCUAGGGGAAGAGAGGGGGGUCAACCCAUGGGUCCUCAGGUGCAGCUGCCGCCCUGGGGGUGCAGGAGGGUGAAUAUAAGGUACAGCCCUCUGGGGAGCUGAGCCCUGAGCACAGAGGAGGCGAUUAGAGGUGCUGGGCAGGGUUCCCUCCUGGCCAGGCCACAGAGGGAGUCCUAAAGUAGUGCAGCUGAAGAGAGAAGUCACCCUUCUGUUUUGAUUUGGGCCUGAGGUUAAAGCCAGAGCUGAUAAGUAAAGCUUUCUGUGAUUUAGUUAAACAGCUCGUGUCACCUUGUGCUGCAGUGGUGGUGGGCUCAGCUGUAGAGUGACUUAACCUUUAAUUACCAAUGGGAUUUCUAGGCCCUGGGGCCCUGCAGUGUUUCCUCUGCCAAUCAUGGACACAUCACCGGGGUCCCCACAAGCCAGAGCAGUGAGGCCAUUGAGUGGAGGGGCCUGGAGUCCUUGGUGGCAUGGUGACGAUUCACUGUGACUUGACCUUUUGAUCUUUGGUGAUGAACUGUCACCUGGCAGCACAUGGAAUCAGGAAAGUUCACUGAGAAGGCACUUGUCUGUUUUGAAAGGACCCUGUGACAGCCAGUCUUCUCAUUCCUGCCACCUUCUAGAAGGAGCCAAGAGGGACACUUCCUAAAAAAGAGGGUUAGAAUCAUUUUUGACAGUUCUAAAAAUGAAUGAUACAGGCACAUUUUAAACCCAUUAGCUAAUGUUUUAAAUGUGUAUCAUGUAAUUCUGAUGAGGGAUAUUAAUUUUUACCAACAUCAUUCUAAGAGAACAAGGCAGAGUGACAUGUCAUAGGAAUAUAACAAGGGAAAAUGUCAUGUAUUUGGAAUUCAUUGUGAAUUCCAAAAUACCUGAAUAGAAUGGAAGUGAAACUCACUACUUUGAGAAAGUACAAAGAUAUAAAAGAAAUCAGUUGAUUUCCCCUCAUUUGUUAGGUCAGUUGACUUUUCAGAAAUGCUGGCCAGGACUUCCUGUCCAUUAGUAGUUCAAGGGUAGAAUUCACGCUCAUGAACAGGCAAACUGGUUUGGAUUGCAAAGCCAAUUCAUCUUACUGUAAUAGGACAAGGGCACAAGUUUCUGGAACAUACCUAGAUGAAACCGUGAAGACCUUGACAUGACUUCCUUAUUAACCAGUGGUGGGAUAGUGGGACGUAGGCGGUGCUUUUUAGAGUCUUUGGUUGUGAAGGUCUUGGUUAAGUGUGUUUAGAAAUGGUCAGCAUGAAACUCAUGCAUGAGGGGAGUGGGAUUCACAGUGGCAGUUGGAGUGUGUUCUGGUGGUGUGCAUGCUUGCUUCUGAGUGUGCAUGAACCAAGAAGAUGUCUUGGAAACUUGGCCAAUCAUUUUGGGAAAGAAAGAGAGACUUACUGAUUUUGUUGGCCUUUUAUAGGCGUAUACUCGAGAAAUACUUAACAGCAAAAAGGAACAGGUAGUGUUUUUUGAAGAAAUGUACAUUGUAUAUGGUAGUACAUACUCUCUAGAAUGUUAUUACUAAUGCUAAAAGUUUUAAUAUGAAAAGGGUCCAGGCUAAUACUUUCAUCCCUUAAAUAUCAAAUUCAUAAAACACCAGCAUUGUGAUUCUGCUUGACAAGUCACUCCUGGGACGUCCACUCUUGAGCUGGACCUCCGGAGUGACGUUGCUCCAGAGAGAGGGUAGGAGUGCUGGGUGUCGAGUGGCAUCCCCCGGUGCCCCGGGAAGCCAGCUGUUCUUGUUUGGCUUAGUGGCAGAGUGCCUGUGGGAACUGGUGGUAGGUCCCCGAGGCGGAAGCAACGACUGCUUCCUUAGUAGUAAAGGGAUCCUGGCCAACCCCUGUUGGACCGUCACGUGAGAACAAAGGCCGGAGGCCCUGACACCUGGAGAGCACCAGGCUGCUUGCCCUUGUGGGGCCGGGCCCUGCGGUGGGCAGCAAGGCUAGCACCCAUCAAAGACGCCCUUUGAGGACAUCGCUGAGACUUGCCCCGAGGCCUGAGGCCUGAGGAGGGUCCUGCUGCCUUCUGUCAGGUGUCUAAGUCUGCGUCCCACACAGCUGAGGAAGGUAGUUGGUGUGAACAAUCGCUGGUCACUGGGGCGUGGGAAGAGGUUUCUAGGUUUAGGACACCCGUGUUCUCCUAAGGUCAGCCUUCACACACUGGCCUCUCCUGCUGGGAGGACAGUGCUGCUCUCAGGAAGUGUGCACGCGAGGGCUCUGUCCUCUGGGUAGCUGGCAGCGUUGACUCUGGGUUGUCCGUCGAGGGCACGUGCUCCGCGCAGCCCUGUCUCCCUUCUGUUUCGUGUUCUGGGGGGGAGCACCCCAGCUCUGACUCUUGACAGCUCUCUGGAUCUGGGUCAUGGUGAUUUGAUCUUCCAGGUUGUGGUGACUCCUGUGUCUUUUCCUCUUAAGAAAACGCUGUGGGGAUUGAGUUGCCCUCAGUUAAAUCUCUGACCUGUACUGGUCUUGCUACAAAUACUGAGGCAAGAAAUGAGCCAUCUGCUCCACUUGGUUAAUUCUGGGCCUUCAGUGAUUCUGCUGCAGCUGUGUGCUCUCCGGGUCUCUUAGGAAACUUCCUGUUGCUGUUGCUGUUGCUGUCCGCAGCUCUGGGCUCUUUGCUGAAGUUGGGACACAGUCGGCGCACAGUUGCCGUCACCUCUUGUUUGUGCUUAGUCAAUGCCUCCCUGGCUGACGGGGGCUUUCCUUGGCGGUUCAGUGUCACUGUUUUGACCCCUUCUUCUGCAGCGUCAUUAUCCGCGAGGAGGCAGGGUCAGGGGCUCCAAGUGGAACCAGAGGUCGGAGCUGUGUCAGGGUUCCUUCCAGCAGCCACCACAUUUGUGCUUUCUUCACGUCCACAAAGGCGACCGGACUGGGGAGCAGCGGGCCCUGCACAGGGCCAGUGUGGCAGGAGCUCUGGGUGGCWGGUGCCUGGAUUCGGAUUGAGUGAAAGCCCACAGUUGUAUUGUGAGUUGAACACCCCAGUGCUUGGCAGAGGCUACGCAGUCCCACUAACCAGUACUUACAUGCUGCCCUUUACUAAUGACCAGCUAGCUGUACCUGUGUAAGGCCAGUUCAGAGCAGCUGUUACUGUGUCUGUUACGCGUUUAUCAGCGCUUGAGCAUCAAUGCUG